AUGUCCGAAAAACGUCGACCCAUAUCAUUGCAGUCCUCACGCACACGCCAGCGACUGCCAACGCUGGCUGAGGUACUGGCGAGACGCACUCUUCCUCCGGUCGAUCUCUACUGCUUCUACCUCUACUUGCAACGCGAAGCGGCUGAAGAUGCGCUCGACUUUUGGCUCGACGUUCAGCAGCACGAGAACUUAUGCAGAGCCUACUUCAAGGAUCUGCGCAAAUCAGGAAAAUCUGUGAAGGAGGACUGGCCUCAGUACUAUGCCGAAGCACUCGAACGAGGCAGUAUUUACAACAAGAUCAAUGGCAUCAACGAGCAGAGUGCAGACACAACUACUGGCUCCCGCAGAGGUCCAGAGACCAGUUGGGACCAUCAGAGCCGAGUCGAGAGUCCGGAAAGCAACUACUCGACUCUCUCGCAUGCACCUAGCCCCCUCCCACGCGCUGCUGGCGAGGCGUCAGGAGCAGUCUUGAACGCCCCUCGAUUCCCAGGAGACCCUGACUAUCUCGCUCAGCAGACUCGUGCGGAAAGGAAGAGCAUUCUUGCCAAGCGAGGAUCUGUCGCACCCACCGUCAUCUCACGCUCUGCUGCCAUUACUCGUAUCGACCUCAUCGCUUCUGCCGAGCGCAUCUACGCACGAUACCUUCUGCCAGGUUCCGAGAAGGAAAUCUAUCUCCCAGCACCGCUCAGGAUCAACUCAUUCCCCAUCUCUUCCUCUACCUUGCCGCACCCGCAAGAUGAAGAGCAGCAACGAGCCUUAGCACGAAUCCCUGACAUGUUCCACUCGCAGAAGGAGUACGUUUUCAGAACCAUGGAGGCCGAUGUCUUCCCUCGUUUCCUACGGGCGAAAGCAUUCGGCAAUCUCACACCCAUUUCGGUCCUCGUGCGUCUCUCGCUCGGUCUCUUGGCGCUAUGGGCGGCGCUGGCCACCGCCUUUAGCUUUAUUUUCCUCGACGUCAACCGUGCUAAGCGAUGCUGGGUCAUUCUACCAUUCUCCGUGGCAGUACUGCUGCUCAUGUCACACCAAUACGAACUGGAUCCCAUCUUGGUAUUGCUCUCGCAGAGCGAGACUACGCCGUUUAGAUUGAUUCGUAUACGCGAGCCGUACGUGCACAGGCUGUUGUUACAGCGCUCACUAGGUGUGUUGCUGCUGAUUGCUUUGAUCACGGCAGCGUUGACAGUCUUAUUCGUGUUUGUGCCAGGGCACAGGCUCUGA